CUCGGGACAUUUAUUCUCAUUUUGAUUCCUUCUUCUCUUACAAAAAAAAAAAAAUGCCAAAAAUAUUGUGGAAAAGCCUCCAUCUUUGCUUCCCGUCGAAUCUCACCAAAUGUUAUUCUUCGCCGUGUAUUCCUCCGUCCUCCGCCGAUCAAGACGGUUCCGACCUUCCCGGCCGUCCCUCCAUCGUUCUCCUCAACAACUUUAACCUCCUCUACAACCACAACCGUAUCGUUGACUUACCUUCCUCCUCCUCCACCACUCAGGCCGCCACUUCUACCUCCUCCACUACAUCAUCAUAUGAAUCUGAUAUCUCUCCUGAUGUAUCCGCCGCUUUCGCUUCCCGUCGCUUCUUCUUCUCUUCUCCAGGCCGGUCCAAUGCAAUCACCGACUCGCCAGAGACCCGGUCAAGAGAUUCCUCUGAUAAUAAUUACGAUGACGCCACUAUCACGUCGACAAAGAAGAAGAAGAAGAACAAGGAGAGUUACGAUACUGCCGCGACUACUACAACGAGGCUUAUAACCGGAGGAACCGCCGUGACGCAAAACGUGUACUCACCGGACCCGUUAACUGACUUCCGGCUAUCAAUGCAAGAGAUGAUCGACGCCGCCAUUGAAGCCGGAGAACUUAGCCGUGAUCCGGAAGACGGUUACGAUUUCUUGGAUGAGCUGUUACUCACUUAUCUCUCCUUGAACCCAACCGACACACACAAGUUCGUCAUCAGGGCUUUCUCAGACAUAUUGGUCUCACUCUUGUCUGAAGAACGCCGGAUAUGCUGACGUGGCGGCGGCUGCCGGGAUAAAAGAAAGCCCGUGUAAUGAAUGCAACACGUGACUAUAUUAGUUCAGUGAACCUAACUUUUGUUUUUUUUUUGUUCCCAUUGUACUUCUUCAUAGAAGAGUAGCUAAGCAACCCAGAAGAACUACUGACAAUUUUCUAUAGUUUGUAUGUUUUUAUUUAAAUAAUUGAAUGAUGAAAAGGAUACAAGAAA